AUGGGACAACACUCUUCAUCUGAAAAGGGAGCUAUUGGUUCUGCCAUCAUGGUUGGAGAAGAUGAUGAUGCUCCAGAACAACAACAAUCAAAUCAAACAGUUACGAGUGGAAAACAAGGAGGAGCCACUACCUCCAGUGGAGGCUAUGUUUCCAAGAACAAAAUUAACGAAUCUAUUCAAAUUGUUUCUAUUGAGAAGGAUAAUGAAGAUGAAUAUGAUUUCUUGGUGAAGGUGGUGCUUGUGGGUGAUUAUGGUGUGGGUAAAACAAGUCUUGCAAAGAAAAUUUCUCAAAGAGGAUUCACCACACAGCAUCAACCAACGAUCGGAAUUGAUUUUGUUGUUUGCACAUUGGUUCUCAACACCAAAGAGACUGUUCGUCUUCAACUUUGGGACACUGCAGGUCAAGAAAAAUUUAAGGCUCUUGCUAGUUCGUUUUUCCGAGGUGCUGAUGGUAUAUUCAUAGUUGCUGAUGUUUCAGAGAAAUCAUCCUUUGAUAGAAUUCCAGGUUUUCUUGAAGAUGGAAAAAAGAAUUGCUCUUCAGAUGUUGAGUUUAUUUUUAUUGCAUCCAAGAUUGAUCUUCGUACGCAACAGUUAGGCGUAAUGACCGAACCAGAAACAAAGAAUGAAUUCAGAAAAUAUGAUGCCAAUAUUCCAAUUAUUGAAACAAGUGCUAAGGAAGAUAAAAAUGUUGAAAAAGCACUUUUAACAAUUAUUCAAAGAAUUUACAACAAGAAAAAGGAGGCAAAACAAAAUUAA